CGGUAAUACUGGAGGUGAUCAGUCUGCUUGGCAAGAUGGGAGUUGCUGCCGUGCUAGGGAGCCGUUCCUGUUUCGCCAGCUUGGUUCUUGUAUCUUGAUUCCCACUCGUAGUGGCGGCAGUGAAAAAUAUGUGUUGAAACCAGCGAUGUAGUUGUGUUGUGACUGUUGCUAGAAUUGGUUAACGCACACUUUUCAGGUUACAAGCGUUUUUGGACAGCAGAUUUUGACCAGUUCAAGACUCGACUGUGACUUGUGUUCGCAAGACGAUGUUCCCCGUCGUCCAGGUGGCUUUGUGCACCCUAGAUGAGCAAGAUUUACUGUCGUUUUGUCUUUCCGCUGUGUUUUAUUUACCACUUCACAAUGUUUUGAGCGUGCCUUCCACGGAGAUGGUUAGUUUCGCCGUUUGCGGGGUGCGGGCCUGGCAAAGCGCGUGCAGCGUGUAUGCUGAUGAAAAAGAUUUUUCCCACGUUAGCAAGCGACUGCCAUUUUUCUUCACCCAUUGUCGCCAGUUCAGUUGAACCUAUUUUUUCAGUUUGUGCAAUACCGGUGAGCCACUAGCUUAUGCUUGAGGGAGACCGUCAAGAUUUCAUCUAGACAGGUUCUUGCAUCCACUGUUGCGCGCCGCGACAAGGCCAUGCUUCACAGGUCGCUGGCAGUGCCUACGCAUUUUCCUCGUAUUCAACAAAACGCAUACAAUGACUCAGAGGGAGAGAUCGAGAGAUGCCGCCAAGAUAGCCAUGGUGAACCCAUUCGUAGUCGCAGAUGGUGGGGCGGAGUCGGGCCCCUCGAUAUCGAUGCAUCCCGACGAGGGAAACUCGCCCCCUGAGAGGAUGGUACAGACAGCGCCCUCUGGCGUUUCACCCGCACCGGUGACUGAUUCUGAGACAGACGAUGAUGCCUCACGUCGCUCCGUCAGGCGAAGCACGCGGGAUGACACCGAGGCAGAUAUUUGGCCAGAUGGUAGCCUCCCUACUUCUGAUGCGAGAGGGAGAAAACGACGUGACUGGUUUUCGGGGUUGUGGCACAGCUACGCCAGCGCUAAAUUAGAUGCACCUGCGAUGCCCGACUCCGGACUUGUCUUGGAGAUCAGUUCAAGUGUAGAUCCACCACUGUCGUCCAGGCCUGUUGAGACAGGCAUGGGCAGCAAACGAAUCCGAAAGUGGAACUUGUCUGCAUCGAGAAAAAGCAAAACAAACGGCGAAGACGUCACUACUAAAACUGCUUUUACCCCAAUGAUCUACCUCGUCGUCAGCUUCACUUCUCUAACCGGCCUCCUUAUGGGCUACGACCUUUGUGUCGUGGCGGUCGUCCUCAGCGAGAUCCAGAGACACUUUAACCUCUGCGGGGGCGCCUUUUCUUGCAUGGCGAAGUCCAUGUUCGUGUCUGUCCUCGCCCCUGGAGCUGCAGUAGGGAGCGUUUUGGGUGGAUGGAUGUCUGACCGAGUUGGCCGCAAACCUGGCUUGGCGCUCAGCGACAUUUGCCUCCUUUUAGGCAGUGUUGCCAUGGGCACAGGCGAGGCGUUCUGGGUCAUGCUUCUUGGGCGCUUUCUCAUCGGCAUGGGCGUAGGCCUCGGCUUCGUCGUCUACGCCACGUACACCAGCGAAGUGUCGCCGCCGGAUCGCCGUGGGCAGAUUGUUGCAUUUCAGGAAGUCGCUCAGUGCUUUGGCUGUCUCGUCGCGUACGCCACAGCGGCGUGCUUCGGCGAAGAUACAUGGCGCUAUCUUCUUGGAAUGGGCGGUAUUGUCGCGGGUGUUCAGGUUUUAGGUGAAAUUUUCAUCUUGCCAGAGACGCCACGUUUCUUCAUUCAGAAAGGACACGAUGGCCGGGCCGCAGCGUCGCUGCGGAAACUGGGGAUAACAGACGAGGCCGAAGUUGCGCGCAUCAUUGAAGAGCUGAAGGCGGACCGCGACAGCUUACAGGACGAGAUUGGUGCCUCGAACGCUGCCUCGGCAAACACUCGCUGGAGGUCGUGUCUCCAGAAAUUCCAAGGAAAAUGCAAGAACGCUGUGAAUCGAUUUCGCCGGCACCACAAGAGCCUAUUUAUCGCUGUCGGUUGCGCCGUUGCCCAAAACAUGACUGCCGCCAAUAGCGUGAUUUAUUUCACAGUCGACAUAUUCCGGCUUGCUGGCGUUUGUAAUCCCCUGAUUCCGGGCGUGGGGGUCGGCGUUGUCAAGUUUGUUGGCGUCGUGGUCUGCAUUCUUUUCGUCGAUCGUUGGGGUCGACGAUCGCUGCUCCUCACUGGGACUGCGGGCACUCUGAUUUGCCUCAUUCUCAUGGCUACUGGAUUUGCGCUACAAGGCGAAGGAACCGCUGAAGCUGCUCAAGCAGCGUGUGCGGCUGCGGAUGGAACGAAUGCCGGAAUCUCAGCUUCAGCGAAACUCCUCAUUUCUACGCUUCUCUUCUACAUCUAUUUUUGGAACAUGAGCUGGGCUGCACUGAUGUUUGUUGUCGCCAGCGAGGUCUUGCCGACGCGCAUACGAGGCUUUGGAAUGGGAUUGACCAUCACCACGUUCUGGCUUCUCUCCUUUGUUGUCCAGUCUUCGCUCGAGCCUCUCUUCUCGGCCGUUACAAUUCCAGGCACGUUUGGACUGUUUGCGUUUUUGAAUUUUCUCGCGCUUCUGUUCGUCAUCUUCGUGGUCCCCGAGGGCAAGGGCCGAUCGCUCGAAGAUGUGCAGAGAAACCAGGUGUCUUUGAAGUCGCUGUCUCGGGGUCCUGGUUGCCCGCAGGUCGGGGCUCCACAAAAAGCGAAAGACACUGAAGAGUAGAUCCGAGCACUUACCUCGGGCUGCGUGUUGCAGACCCUGGGGGAGGAAGGCGACAAACAGAAGAAAGAAGAGAAAGAGAAAGGUUUGCCGAACGCAUAGACAGAACCAACGACCCCGGGGGUUUUCCCAUGAGGGGCAAACACCGAAUAAACUGGGGGAGUGAAAGUAAUCGGAGUAACAGGCGCACACUGCAAGUCCUUCCAUCCGAAGUAGAGCAGACUCCGGAUAGGUGCGGACUUUCAGAAUACAUCCAUGCACCCGUUUGUUCUUUAAUUGGUGCAUUUAUAGAUGAAACAUUUAGGAGGUUGAGAGCUGUAACUAGUUAGGGGGAGUCACACUAUUUCAACCACCCGCCCCUGUUCUCAUUGCAGUUUAGCUGUCCGUCGCCUUUUCCAUAGGCACCUCCGGUCAGUGGGUUCAUAAACGGAUUCAAGCUCCACUUCGUAGACGAGAGCCGGAAAAGGGGAGACGGGAGAAGAGACAGGGAAUCGCGAUGCGGAAAUUUCUGUACACGCAGGGCAAGUGUAGAAUCACGGAAGCGCCUGCCAUGGCAGACUGUGGAGUGUGAAGGACUCGAGUUCGAACAGAAGCGGGGAACGGGGGAAAUUGUGAACAAAGAAACAAAGUAUCUACGCCGAUCCCUGCACACGCGACUAAGAUUCGUGUACGCUGCCAAUCCAAUUGGGGGAUGAAAAGAACGCGAGACGUAGUAACAAUAAAACGAAUCGUCGAUGGGGAAACGACAAAGAAACAAAAACAAGAGUUUAAUGUUUCCUCUCUGGGCCUCGUAUCCCUUGCUUCGAUUUGGUUGCGGGGGCAGGAGGUCAACAGAAAAUUCCAGAAACGGUGCAUGGUUGGAUCUUUCAGCGAGAAAUGGUCUGCCCAAUUAACGGUGGCAAACAAAGCAGAGCCAAAGAGUUGGAAGUGCGGCUCCCUCCAUGAUUUCGCUCUCGUUUGCCCCCGUUUCUGUCCCCGCAUCGCCAUCAACAGCGGCGGUGAUCUCAGUCUUCGCCUCGCCUUUGCUUCCAGCGACAGAGCCGCAACACACUUACGUAUUAUACAGUUGAACCGUGAUUUAUAUAACUCGUUUAAUUAGCGUUUGGGUUGUGUUCCCUGUGUUGUAACACGCGAUGUAUUGCCACAUGCUGUGUCUAGAAUUCUUGCUAGUCACUGCGUCAGUCUGUUUGUGUGGUCGCUUCCGGGGGGACAUUGCGUCGGGGGGGAAAUACAAAGCUCCUCGAGAACGCUAACAUCGGGUUUCGACGAACAACGCCUGUCGCCUGUGGGCGUGUUUCAAAGCUGUACUGUGGUGCCCUGGGUUUUUCGGUGCAUUCAUAUUUCGUGGUAUCGACAGAUUCUCUGUGAAUGCGUAGUCUGCAUGUAAUCAAGGCUUAUCUGUACAUAUUGGUGUGAACAUGUGUGUACAUGUGCCCCAUUGUUACCGAAAGAUGUGCUAAUGCGUGUAUGUUUCAUGACUGCAUCAACGGCGCGUACCUCCGUACAUGUGAAGUUACGGGAUGGGCGAUAUGGGACGCCCUUUCGAAUUGUGUAUCCAUAGGAUUCCGCGUUGUUUUGACUUUGCGAUGACAUCGUGAACAGUCCUCCCCCUGGCGGAGUAUGGCAUAUUCAGGGGUAAAGCUGUGUGGUCGGUUUGCCCAUUAUCCCCGCGCUGCUGUCUAUUUGCUCCCGAGUUUCGCCGACAAUUUUCCGGGUGUUGCCGAACCCAUCGCUUCCUUUCGAUGAUCCCCCGCUAAUCUGAUACUGUAUUUCCAUGAGGGAAAGGCGCUGUGAUUGUCCGUUUCUGUUUUGGUUGUCUUGCGGGCACACCAGACGGCGGUCGUUGCCUCAUGC